UGCUCCGGGUUGUACUCUGAUGCCGGUGACCAUGCCUCGAUCAUUCAGGGCAUAGGGAACAGCCAGGCGUAGAAGUUUGUCUUCCGCCACAAUGGCGUCGGCCAGCUACAGGAGCUUCAUAAAAAAUCUGACUCCUCCACUGCCUAUGGCAACGAUGAUCAUAAUUUUUCAAAACAAUAUAUUUACUCACUUUGAAGGUUAUGCGACACUGCUCACAGGUUCAGGUCAGUAACUUUGGAUUGGGUUCAUGCCGUGUGCUUGUAUGCCCAAGAUGGAGUCAUGAACAAGAUGGGCAUUGUGUCCAGCACUCUCGGCAAAGCCUUUGGCUGCGUGGGCGGUGACAUCGCCAGCACCCUGAUGGACAUGGUGCGCUUCUAUGCUGCUGGCUUCAUUUUCACCUCUUCACUGCCUCCCAUGCUGCCAGCAGGAGCUCAGGAGUCUGUGGGAGUCUUGAAAAUUGAAGAGGGCCGAGUCCUAAGGAAGAAUCAUCAGGGGAAUGUCGAGUUAUGACAAUUGCUGAUGGACUCUGCCCUUCCAGUCGUCCACCGCCCAAGCCACAUUAGCCCUCAGGUUGCUGAUGCAGAGGGGAACACUGAACUCUUCCCUUUCCUCGGCAGAAUGCAUCAGCCUCGUCACCUCAACCUCAUGAGUGAGCGUGAUAUUGUCCAGUAA